UCUCUCUCUCUCUCUCUAGCUCUCUCUCUCUCUCUCUCUCUCUCUAGAGCUCUCUCUCUCUCUCUAGAGCUCUCUCUAGAGAGAAUACAAGCAUGGUGGAGGUCCCUUUGGUACACCAAGGAGAAGAUUAUUGCAUGGACUUGCCCCCAGGUUUCAGAUUCCACCCCACAGAUGAAGAGAUCAUAACCAACUAUCUCACAAACAAGGUUGUGAGCCCCAGCUUCACCUCUAGAGCCAUGGGAGAGGUUGAUCUGAACAAGUGUGAGCCCUGGGAUCUCCCAAGUAAGGCAAAGAUGGGGGAGAAGGAGUGGUACUUCUUCUGCCAAAGGGAUAGGAAGUACCCAACUGGGUUGAGGACAAACAGGGCCACAGAGGCUGGGUAUUGGAAAGCCACAGGGAAGGACAAGGAGAUAUACAGAGGCAAAGGAGUCCUUGUUGGGAUGAAGAAGACCCUGGUCUUCUACAAGGGAAGAGCCCCUAAGGGAGAGAAGAGCAACUGGGUCAUGCAUGAGUUUAGGCUUGAAGGAAAAUCCAUUAUCUUCUCCGAUCGCAAAAUCGUUCCCAAGGAUGAAUGGGUUGUGUGCAGGGUGCACCACAAAGGCAUUAAUGGAAGCAAGAAGAACCAGAUUGGGGAGCUCAUAAGGGUGAACUCAUCAUCUCAGGAAGAUCUUAUGGACUAUCUAAACUUCAAUUCUAUGAACACCCCUACAUCCAACUUUUCUAUAAGCACUACUACUAGCACUCCUACAACAACAACAACAACAACAACAACUCCUCCUCAUUUCCCACCCACCAUGUUAGGCUUGGAAGAUCCAGAUCCAAGUACACACAAGAGUAGUGCUCUCCUUAUUCCUUACAACAACUUUAAUUCCUACACCAAUGUCCAAGGUAAGCCACCCAUGACAUUUCCUCCUCCUCAAGACCCCUCCUCCUUGCUUCUCCAAGGCUCACCUACCAUGGGUUACUUGCACCAAGAAGAAGCAAUUAUGAAAACCCUAAUUGGGUCCAAGGGCAACUGCAAGGUGGAACAGCUCUCGAACUCCGACGGCACCGGAUUUAGGAUUGUCGACGGCGAUCACAGCUGCGCGGAGUAUUUAUCGGUUAUGCCGAAGAACAGCAGCAGUGGAAGCUAUGGUCACCAGCCAUAUAAUUUUGGUCAUCAUCUAAAUGGUUCUUCUACUGGACCUCUAGUUGCAGAUUUUGACAACCAGUACUGGUCUCAUAUUGGAAAUCACAAGGGUGGGUUAUUUAUGUGACAGUUCCACUUGUUGAAUUAAGGUACCAUUUGAAGCCAUUAAUGUUUACUUUUUUCACAUAUGAAGGUUCAUUGCAUCAGAGGUUUUUGUAGCGCGCGUGUAUAUAGGACGUACUACUGCAUAUAUAUUUCAAGUUUUUUUAAAAAAAAAGUUUAAAAAGGACUCCUAUUGUGUAGUAAUAAAUAGUAAUUAUUAUACUAAUGUAGAGGUGUAAUAUUGUGGAAACCCUAUAGUGUGAGUUUAUAUGUUCGUACUGUAUCCUUUUGUUACUCAAUCUUUUCAGCUUUUCUUAUGUAUAAACUCUUGAAUAUGAGACUUAUAUUCAUAUUCAUGUUGUUGUAAUUCAUUUGCAUUAAUACAAUAUAUACUAGUUGUGUGAAGUA